AAUGGGAGUCGACCAGCUGCAUAUCAUAUCACAGAAGUCUCCAAUUUCCUCUAAUCCUUUCCUUGCUCGUCUCUAAUAGUCCUUCUUUGCUUACCAUUUCUUCAUCUUCUUCCUAAGAAAAUGUCGUGCUGCGGAGGAAAGUGUGGUUGCGGCUCUGGCUGCGGUUGCGGCUCUGGCUGCGGAGGAUGCAAGAUGUACCCAGACUUCUCUUUCUCUGGAGAGAGGACAACCACAGAGACCAUCAUCGUCGGAGUCGCUCCCGAGAAAGCCUACUAUGAGAUGUCCGAGAUGGGCGUUGAGGCAGAGAACGGUGGCUGCAAGUGCGGAGCUAACUGCACCUGCGACCCCUGCAAUUGCAAAUGAGAGUCCUGCCGACAGGGAUCCAUGACUGGAUAGCUGUUUAUGCAUAAUAAUAUAUAUACAACAUAUAUGGUCUCUUGUGUGUUAAGUUGGUGUCGGUCUGGUAUGAAGCUUCUCUAAGCUUCCAAAAAUAAAGUAGCCUUUCUUCUUGUAACCCUCUAGGGAAGUUGCAGAGAGAUUUAGUGGCUACUUUUGUGAGUGUCUUUGAUUCCAGUGAUCAUCUGUAAUUGUUCUCUCUGAAAGAGGUUAUGAAUUAAUUGAAGUGUCUGGAGGAAUGUUAAUCCCUUUCUAAA